AAAAUCUUCUCCGAAUUCCACUGGAAAUCCAGAGCACAAGCGACGUUCCACAGAAAUCGCCCUCAGCCCGGGCACGACCAUCCCCCGCUUUUUGCUCACUGUGGCUCGUUCCUGAACACUUCUUCCCUGCGGCUUUUCUUUGCAUGAAACGAGGGGCAGAAGAGAGGAAGGAACAAAACCACAAGCUAUCCCAAUCGGCCCGGGGUUCCUUGCACCACUUUUCGCACGAGAAAACGGCCCUCCAACUGCAGCAUCGCCCAGUCAUCCCCCACAAUAAUCCAAAGCUGGAAGACCAGAGAAGUGAAGAAAAGAACACAGUACCAACCUUGCAGAAAGGUUCAGAGAUCAAAACUUUACUUCCUUUGUUCUUUUUUCAUUUCAUGUUCUAGAAUCAAGAUUGGUUAUAUGACAAUUAUACGACUACUAGACUUGUCUUUAAUAAUGCUUUCAUAACGAUAUGGAUUUAUUUGUAGAUAUCAAUAGAAUUUAAGCGGUGCGAUCAAUGUUACGUCGUAGACUGCAAAAUGUCAAUAACGUCAAAUAAAAAGGAACGGAGGUAGUGGACUUUGAGCUAAGUCCUUCACCUUUUGAGCUCUUAAAACAAAGACACCUCUGCUAUGUUGCUUUUGUUGGCUUGGUUUGGUUGCUUGCUUCUGUUGUGUUUUUCAUUUGCAUAUAAGCAUGGGCUUGUGACACUUCACAAGCCUUGGCCUUUCCCUCAUCAGUCAUCGCCUAAUGGCUUGGAUCCUUGCACCUGCAAGUUGCCAUCAACCGAGAAGCUACCACUACUAGCUGCUGAGCUCAGCUCAGCUCAGCUCAACUCAAAAGCGUUGGGGUUUAGUGCACGAAAUGAGCAGCGCAUUGCCUGGAGCAGACUGGGCAAGAAGAAGGAGAAGAAGAUGUUGGUGUUAGGAUUAGCCACGGGUUGCUGCUUCCUCGCCGGGGAAGUCAAGAAACAGGAGGACGGCGGGGGGGCGUCGUCGCCCGGGGAGGAUGGUUCGAGGAUUAGCCCGGCGGUGGUGCUUAGCGUGGUGAUAUUGGCCGUGGUGCUGUUCGUCUCCGGGCUGUUUCAUCUCUUGAUCAGGUUCUUGCUCAGGCGCAGCCGUGCGCGCGCGCGGGGGGAGGCUGGCGGCGGCGAGGUUGGCGCCGGGGGCGGGGAGGAGUCCGCGCUGCAGAGGCAGCUGCAGCAGCUGUUCCAUCUGCACGACGCCGGGCUGGACCAGGACGUCAUCGACGCGCUCCCGGUGUUCCUGUACCGGGAGGUGGUCGGCGCCGGCGCCGGCGCCAAAGAGCCGUUCGACUGCGCGGUCUGCCUGUGCGAGUUCGCCGGCGAGGACCGGCUCCGGCUGCUUCCCCUGUGCGGGCACGCGUUCCACAUCAACUGCAUCGACACCUGGCUGCUCUCCAACUCCACGUGCCCGCUCUGCCGGUGUGCGCUCGGCGCGGACGCCGCCGCGCUGUUCGACGCGUUCGGCGAGAUGGCAGAAGGUGGCGCGGGGUGGAAGCACGAGGACGCGGUGCUCCCGGUGCGCCUCGGCAAGUUCAAGAACCUGUCCAGGGCGGUGGCUGGCCCCGUCCGCGACGGCGGCGCCGGCGCCGGCAUUGUCACGAGGGAGGCCGGCGAGACGAGCAGCAGCAGCUUGGACGCCAGGAGGUGCUACUCCAUGGGCUCCUACCAAUACGUCCUCGCCGAGGCGAACCUGCAGGUGUCCGUUCACAGGAAGCACGGCGACGGCAACGGCAGGGCGGCGGUCAGGCCGAGAGGUGUCGGCUCCAACCCCGCCGGCAACGAGGCCAGCGCUGCUGCUGAAGGGAAGAGGAUCGGCGCGGGCAGCAAAGGCGACAGCUUCUCGGUGUCCAAGAUUUGGCAGUGGCCGCGGAACGGCAAGGGGAAGCUCCCGGUGCUCGCGUCCGACGACUCGCCGGCGAUGAACGGCAGGUUGCCGUGGCAGAGGAGAAGUCCUGGGGAUUCGUGACACAAAGAAAACGUGUGCAAUGCUGCUCUGUGUGGUGGUGUGUGCUGCAAACUUUCUUGAGCUGAUUUGCUCGCCUUAUUAACCGCUCAAUUUGUUCAUAGCCAUUCGUUUCGUUUACUUAAUCACAUUUGCGUGUGCUGGUGAUCUUAGCUUUCUAGGAACAUGAUGAACUUUGCGUGUGCUGAUUAUAAUUUGUUGUAAAGAGCCCCCCCCCCCCCUCUAGAGUUAGCAUUGGAAUUGGAGAAUAUUUUUGUCUUUGCUACCAAGCCGUUCAUCCAUCUCGUUUUUGCCAUUUGCUAGUGUUUGGGCUCAAAUUUCAGCCAGAGACCCUAGUGACAAAAGCAAAAUUCAAAUCGGGACAAGGAUUUUGCAGGAUUGGUAACAGAGACAACAUUUACCCUCGGAAUUUUGAGUUGUCAAUCCGUA